AUGAUGCUAUGGUUGGUAGAGGCGAUGAAUGAUGCAACGGUGGUGACCUGGUGGAGUGGUGCUUCAGUGGUGGUGAUGAAUGGUUUUGAAAUAGGGUCGUUGAUGAAGGAGACAGUGAGGAUAACAAUAGAUUCUAGUGACAGGGAUGAAAAUGUUGCAGAAAUGCAAUCUGAUCCGGCAACACAUAAGCAGAACAUGUGGAUAAAAUCUGUUGUUCCUUUGCAGUUUCUGGAGCAAAUCACUCUGAAAAGUUAGAAUCUGGAUGAUAAAGACAAACCAGCUUGUGGAGUCUUAAAUGGUAUGCAGCAGCUAUCUCAGGACAGUAAUUGUGCAAGGUGUGAAUAUUCAGAAAGUCGCAG